GUUGAACGUCUGUUGUUUGCACUCGCCUGAGAGCCAGGGCGCUGUGACAGUGGACUGCUUUGAUUCAUGCUGUUGUGGAGCCUCCUUUUUGGAUUUGGAGAACAAUUAAUGCGGCCAGAACUGAGCGCAUGAAGGAUGAGAAGAUGAAUGUGGAGGCUCUAAGCAGAGGAGAGCUGCUGACUCUCCUCAGUGUCCUGGAGGGAGAGCUGGAGGCCCAGGAUGUGGUCAUACAUGCCCUCAGAGCUCAGCACAGAGAUACUUUCGUCCAGCAGCGUUAUGGCCAGUAUGACCUCAGCGAUCCAUUCCUGGCCCUGCAGCGGGACAGCGAGUCAGAUGAACGUGAAAACACGCUCUCCCAGCCUCAGGGACACAUGCAGGGCCGGGCGGUGGGCCCCAACCCUCUGGCUGUGCUGAAACUGGUCAUGGCUCACUGCAAGAGGAUGCAGGAGAAGAUGAUGGGACAGCUGUCUGCUGCUGAGAGAAGACACAGGAGGAUGAUAGCUGAUCUGGAGGAGGAGAAACAACGGCGGGCCCAGGAGUCAGCGCAGAGUGAUGCUUUCACCUUCAUGCUGCGGACAGAAAGAGACAAACUGCUGCAACAGUUGGAAGUGGAGUGUGCAACUGUGCGGAAGUUAGAGCAGCAACAAGCCGAGGCAGCGAGCCAGGUGGAGGAGUCACUGUCCCAGCAGCAACAGAUCUCCUCAACCCUGACGCUGGAGCUCCAGAAAGCCAACAGCCAGGCACAAGAGGAGGCUCAGAAGGUCUCCCAACUUCACUCCUUACUCCAAGAGGAGUCCAGUGCCAUGGAGAAGCUCCGUGGGGUUCUUGAAGAUGAGAAGAGCAGGGCAGAAGAGCUGGAGGCCCGGUCUGAGAGGCAGCUGACUGAGUUUAACACGGAACGAGAGCAGAUGAAGGCCAGGAUUAGCAAAGAGGAGGAGAGGAGUACGGAGCUCGAGAAACAGUUGGAGGAGUUGAGGAAGAGGUUGGCUGAAACUGGAGGGGGUAAAGAAAAGGCAAAGGAGGCUGAGGAGACAGAGGUGAAGGAAUCUCUUUCCAAAAUGAUGUUGGUGUCCACUUCUGUUCAGACUGAGCCGGAUGGAAAGAUAACUGUCGCUCCUAAAUCCUGCUCAGGGUCAAAGGUCAAUGGGCAUCACACUCAAAAAGAGACAGAGCCGGCACAGGAGGGAAGAGGAGCAGACAAUGGAGGGGUGGUAGAGAAUGGGGGUGGAACACUUUUGCAUUCCCCUCUUCCCCCUCACCCUCAUCCUCACUCUCCGUCCAGCACAGCCUCCUCUUCCCUCUCUUCUUCUCCUAUUUCCUCCCCUGUUCUUGCCAAGCGUCUGGGCAGCCCAGGCUUCCAUCAGUCCUCCUACCAGGCCAGUGUGAACCAGCGAUUCCACGCCGCCAGGCACAAGUUCCAGAGCCAGGCUGAGCUGGAGCAUCAGCUGCAUGGAGGCCCUCUUUCCCCCAGAGACCUCUCCCCCACCACCUCUUCCAUCCCUCCCCCACUAGAGCACAGCUCGGCAAAGCAGCUGGCCCGCAACACCGUCACUCAGGUGCUGUCCCGCUUCACCAGCCAGCAGGCCGGCGUCAAGCUGGCACCAAUCAGCAGCUCUCCUUUUGGUACAGACUACCGCAAUCUUGCAGCAUCUCCUCCUGGGGGAAGGUCUCCUUCUUCAGGGCCUUUAUCUCCAGGCAUCCGCUCCCCCCUCACUCCUCGCUCAGAAAGGACCCAUCCUCCUCCAAUCCCUCCCAAGAAACCAGGCAUGAGUCCAACUCCAGGUUCUCCAAUUCACUCAGCUCGGGCCAGUCUCUUCCCCGAGCUGACGGGGAACUGCGGACACAGCAACAGCGGGCAGGAAGGAGCCAAGGAGCCGGACCUGCUUUUAUCUUCGAGCUAACAGCCAGAUUCUACAAACUUACCUGUAAAAGAGUGAGGCCUACAUCGACAGUUACUGUAAUAUUGACCUUUAUCAGCCCUCAUACGCUCUUCAUAGCACACUAAAUCAGUAGUAGAGACACUUCAGAGCUGGACUGGUUCUGGGAGAUGCGUCACAGUCCUCCACACCCCUACCUCCAUACCACACCCUGAGAAAAAAAGAACUAUUUCAAAUAAAAUAUAGUUUAUUAUGAUUUUUCUUUAAUCUGAUUUAAUAUUUCUUUUACCAUUCCUGACUUCUUUAUCUAGAUUUGUUUGUAAGUUUAAAGUUUUAGAAUGAAAAUAUUUAUCUUUCAUUUUCCACAUUCACCCUAUAAUAAGGGUGUUUAGAAAUCGUAUGUAUAAAGAGAACAAGCUAAAGACCUGUUUGGUUUUAAAGAAAGAAACGUUAGAGGUUUCAAAGUACAACAUUCCUUUUCUUUCUCUAUAAUGCUCAAAUCGCCAGUCAUUUUAUAAUCAAAAACGCCACGGCUUGAGUCAGAAGCAACACUGUAUAGCAAGUAGGAGGGCUAACCAUGGAUGUAGAGUAGAGAACAUGUUUAGAUAUCACCGUUACACAGUAAACUAUAGUGAGUCAUUUAUAAAUGUUUUUCCAAUGAAUCCUUAUGCAGUUCCUGUUGAGAUGGUCCAUGCAAACACUAUUAUACUGUAAAUAGUUUAAAGUUUAUUUUAAUUACCAUCAGAUGCAUGUGCUGUUUUUUUCUAUUACGUUAGUCAUGAAUACACUGAAUCUUAAAAAGGGAGAGCACACUUUGUACUACAUUACUAUAAUAUAUUGUAUGUCUACAAUUCAUUUUUAUAUUCAGGGAAAGUAAUGCCUUCUUUACCCAAACCAAGAUGGACUAUCAUGCGAUAACUCUUGGGGGAUUUCCCAUCAAGCACAUGAUGGGGACUUAAGGUUUGCAUCUUGUUACUGCUACAGUUUUGAUAGUAUCCGUCAAAUGAUUCAGUGUUGUCUUUUCCUAACAACACUAUGAUGUACCUUUUUAGGUUUACUGUUUUUUUUCUGGAUUUAAAAUCAAGAAUUGAUUGAAAGUAACUGUUUCAAGCAAUCAAUUAAAAACUGUACAUUGAUACACUGUUUGUCUGUGA